AUCGCGGAUGAUCCGUGUGGCUGCGUUUAACGUGGACCGCGCAGUGAUCCUCCUCCACCGACUCGGAGUGAGGCAGCGGCAACAGCAGCAUGAUGAUGAUGAUGAUGAUGAUGAUGAUGAUGAUGAUGAUGAUGAUGAUGAUGAUGAUGAUGAUGAUGAUGAUGAUGAUGAUGAUGAUGAUGAUGAUGAUGAUGAUGAUGAUGAUGAUGAUGAUGAUGAUGAUGAUGAUGAUGCCAUCAGUUAUCAUCCCCCUAAACAUGAUGUUCCCCGUGGAGAGCGGGAGAUGCGAGCAGCUCAAUUCCGAGUCGUGCUGCUCCCCGCGCCAGCGGAAGCAGGCCGCAACGUGACGUGAUUUAUGAGAAUCCCAAAAAUUACCUUUGC